ACAAAGUAAUGGAGCUCAACCAUUUCCUCUUAUUCAUCCUUUUCAUUGUCUCUUUUCGAUCAUGUAGAGCUGGAAAUUCAAAACUCUUUCGAGAAUAUAUUGGUGCAGAAUCAACCUCAGUGAAGCUAACUGACGUACCAAUAAACUCCAACGUUGAGUUCCAUUUCAUAUUAGCAUUUGCCAUUGACUAUAAUUACGACAACUCAAAACCUUCACCAACAAAUGGAAAAUUCAACAUUUUUUGGGAAAACAAUCACCUUAACCCUAAAGAAAUCGCCUCAAUAAAAUCUCGUUACAAAAAUGUAAAAAUCGCUGUUAGUUUGGGAGGUGACACAGUUGGUAAAAACAAAUACGUUUAUUUUAAACCUAAGUCCAUUAAUUCUUGGGUUGAUAACGCGGUCUCUUCGUUAUCGUCUAUGAUCGAAGAGUACAACAUCGAUGGAAUCGACAUUGAUUACGAACAUUUUUCAGAUACGAACACUAAUAUAUUUGCAGAAUGCAUAGGACAACUCGUGACAAAGCUAAAGAAAAGUGGAAAAAUACAAUUUGCUUCAAUUGCUCCGUUCGAAGAUAAUGUUGUCCAAAGUCAUUAUAUGACUUUAUGGAAAAAAUAUGGGCAAGUUAUUGACUAUGUUAAUUUCCAAUUUUAUGCGUAUAAUAAGAUAGAUGUGACGGAAUUUGUGAGGAAUUUUAAUAAACAAGCUUCGAAUUAUGAAGGAGGUCAGAUUUUGGCUAGUUUUGUAAAUAAAGGUGGUGGUUUGGGACCUAAAGAUGGAUUUUUUGAAGCUUGUAAAGAAUUAAAAGGACAAGGAAAACUUGGUGGGAUAUUUGUAUGGUGUGCAGAUGAAUCAACAAAAACUGGAUUCAAGUAUGAGAAGAUGUCUCAGAAUUUGUUAGCCUCUUCUUGAUCAAAAUUUGUGAACGAGUUGAAUAAGAAAGUCUAUAAGA